GGUUGAAUCAAUAAUUAAUACGAAUAACAUAUGCAAAAAGAGACCCUGUGAAUUUUAAUGUCCGGGGCUUCAGGAGUUGUAAUAUUAACCAACUACAGAAUAGAGCUGUCAAACCUCAGAUCUGGAGUUGCGCUAGAAGUUGAGACUGCUUAAAUCAACUUUUUCCAUUCAAAAGUCAAUUUUGAAUUUUCGAAGCCAGUGGUUAUCGAACAAAAAACAUCGUCAUCUCUCCCGAACCCGGAUAUUGUCCAUCAGCUCAAUGUGCUCGCCUCUAACCAUGACCAUGCCUCUUCACUCAGGAAUGUGUGUGCCUCGAACCUAGCUUCCUCCACGGGAACUACACCGGUAAUGCGCGGAAACGGCCACCCUAACAGUUCUCAGAAGAUCACGGAAGCCCUAUAAUGAGGGAAGCCGACUUAUUUCCCUCCUACUAUUAUCCAUGUGUAUUAUUUUAUGGCAUCGAAACACGCCCGUUAUGACCAGGUUCCUCUUUCUCUCCGCUGUCGUUUUUACGUCGGUUGUAUGUCAAUCUCUUGUACCAACUACCGGCUCGGCGACAUUUCCUGAGUGCGCUGUUGGGUGUCCGCUGCUCCAGGAGGCACAGGCGAACUGCGUCCCUCCAGCAGCGCCGGUAACAGAUCAAGCCACCUAUAGGUCGUGCUUUUGCCAAUCCAGCCUCCUACAGGCCCUCCAUAGCUCUCCCAAUGGAGUCUGCGACGCCGUAUGUCCGCCGGCGGAGCUAAAUACACUGCAACAGUGGUAUGCAGGACUCUGUGCAACAGGCAACCCCGAAGUGACCCAAACAACCACAACACUCGCCACAUCCACCACGACGUCGUCCAAUGCGGGACCGGAUCCUGGGACCGAAACAUCUUCAAAAGUGCAUUAUGAAGCCCCGCCAAGUUGGUUCUCCACCCACUGGCGGUGGGUAGUAAUGAUAAUUGUAUUAGCCAUCGGAUUUACCGCUCUUACUCUCCUCUUGGUUUAUUUAAAACGUCGUCAUAAGCGUAAGCGGGCUUACCAAGCGCCUUUCACUCCAGCCCAAUCCGCUGUGGCUGAUGGAGAUGGCGGCCGGAGCAACUAUAGCGGCCGUCAACCAACCUCCAGAAACUUAGUCGCAGCAGCUCUGGGAGACGAUACAUGGGGUCCACAGCAACAUCUUGCACAUCCACCCACCAAGGGUCUUGAAAACGAUGUCUCUUCCGCCGGAACACAUAGAGGGAUAGAGCCUGGGCAAUUCACCCGUGCACAUCCGAGGAGUAGGAAUAUGCGAGGACAAUCUCCUUCAAAGGAACAGCUAUGACAUUGCAGUGCCUGCUACAUAAGCCUCAAGUUGAAAAGAAAGACAUGGGUUUUUAACGCAUAGUUGGGUCCAGGGGACAGACAGCCUGAUGUUGCGAAGAUCAACUCACAACAAGAAGAUAGGUGAAACCGGCGAACUUUUUUCUUCUCAGAUGGAGAGUUAAUCGCGCGGGCAUCGAAAUGAGUUUAUCAAAAGGAGUCCCACGUCGAUAUGAUUACUGUUGGAAUAACCUGUCUUUAACAAUUUUGUCCGCUCCAAUCCGGAGUUUAUCAUAGCUUAAUUGGUUGGUUUGGCCGUGCUCAUUGCUUGACAAUUAUGGCCGCCACAUCAACCCUUUUUAUUACCUCCCCCCCACGCAAACAAUUGGGUGUUUGGAGACACGCAUGCAGGCAUGGAAUACAUACAUAUCCCGCAUAGUUAUGCCUAGGUAUAUCUAGAACACCUGAAUAUCUAAUAUCCGCGAAUCCCGUUUCUAUUGGUCAGAUUGAGCAUUCAAGAGGAGAGAGAGAGCUUGCUCGUGCAGAAGGCUGCAUUGCAAGAUCAGAGUUCGCAGAACUAUUUAUUACUGAAGAAUUUUUAUGUAAUGGUUAUGCUGACUAUCUUCACCUCCUCCUCUGGUUUUUCUUUGUACGUCUUGACGUUUUCAAUCUUAUGUACCACGUCAAGCCCCUUAACCGCCCGCCCAAAUAUCGUAUGUUUCCCAUCGAGCCAUGGUGUCUUCUCGGUUGUGAUAAAAAAUUGACUUCCAUUUGUAUUCGGGCCGGCAUUCGCCAUCGAGAGCGUGUACGGCUUGUCGUGACGAAGUGUCGAGAACUCGUCUUCAAACUCGCCGCCCCAAAUCGACUCACCCCCUGUACCGUCGCCAAGCGGGUCACCAGCUUGGAUCAUGAAUUUGCGAAUCACCCGGUGGAAUAUAGUAUUGUUGUAGUAACCAUUGCGUGCGUGGGUGACGAAGUUCUCCACGGUUUUGGGAGCUGCGGAAGGGAAAAGCCUAAGGUGGAUAUCGCCUAGAGUGGUAUGAAGCACUGCAGCUGUGCCUGUUUCUGCUGGUUUGGCUGCGGUAGCGGCAGUAUCUUCACGCGUCCCAACGGGCUUCUCAUUUUGUACAUCUCGACUGGACUUGGAAACUUCCGUUUCAUUUGUGAAGAGAUAGAAACGGACCUUAGCAAAGCCGGUACUGGCGAGCAUAGGAUCCCGUUCUUCCGCUUCUUGGAGUAAAGGAUUUGCACUGGCGGCCAUCGAAACUGUUACCACCCCUUUUUUCUGCGGUUGCCCUUGAUAGAUAGCAAGGUUGAGAGCACGAAAUGGUUCAUCUUUACCAAAGACUCUCACAACGCGAUUUGUGAAUGUGUUGAUGCAUUUUAUCCCCAUAAUAGAGCCGUACAUCACAAAGUGGCCCGACUCGUCAAAGAUCACAUUAAUCUUCGGCGCAGUAGCGGGGUUCUCAAGUCCCUUCUCAAUUGCUAUCCGCCGCCCAAACUCGAUUUCCUCGAGCUUAUAGAGUGCCGUUCCAGCCUGCUGCAUUUCGGUGAGUGUCGUAAUAGAUUCAUCAUAGGAGCGGUAUAAUUUGCCAGUUGGGAAGUCAAAUACUCUGACCUGCCUGUCAGGAAAGGAGAAAGUCGCGAAUUGGUGACCUGAUGGGGAUAUCGUAAUGGAAGAUGGAACCGACUUGGAUUUUUUGAAAACGAAGAGAUUGGUGGAAGAUUUCAGUUCAAACACAUUGUCUGGCUUUUCGUAUGAAGUGUGUGGUCGCCAGUAUUCGACCAUGCCGGUUUCAUCUGCAGAAAUCACACAGUCAUAUGCAUCAUUAAAGGCCAUGGCGACAACCGGGAACCGAUGGAUUGAUGUUAACGUGUGGAUGGGCUGAGGGUUUUCUCCUCGUCCGUCGUAAAUCAUAAUGCCGCUACUAGAAUCGCAGCUCACAGCCAACAGAGGCAACGAUGCGCCUCGUUUAUGUACCCAACAUACACACCUCGGGACAUAAUCCAAUGUUAUUACAGCCAGGAGAUCUACAGCUUGUUAGUGCCGAAACUUUCCAGCAUGUCCAAUGGUAGGGAGGGAAUGAAGCUCCUACCGAACGUAAUCACAUCGAAUAUUUUAACCGUUUUAUCUACUCCAACUGUUGCGAAGCUCCUCCCAUCUAGGCUCACACUCGCCCCCUUCAACUCUCCAAUAUGGGCUCGGAAUUCCUUCACAAACUCUACACCAACAGGCAUUUUCUUCCAAAAUUUAACCACCCCAUCAAUAGAGCUCGUAAUAAGGAAGUCGGUAUGAGGAGUUAAGGUAACGAAGGAGAGUUGGUCCUUGUGCAUUAAGGAUUUUGAAUAUCGGGCUGAAACUGGGAGAGCAUUUACAUAGACCUUUUCGUAGGGUAGCUUUCGUCGCUUCUUUUUGGGUAUGGCGGAAGGUAAAGCAGGGCCAAAAUCGUCUUCUGAUGACGAGGAUUCAUCUGUUAUGCGCCAUUGUCAGCUACAUUUUUCUCGUUCUAUAUUUCAUAUCGGAG